CAGCUUAGGUCAUAUAUAGAAACAAUAAUUCAUAGAUAAAAGAAUCCGGAUUGUUAGUAUUAAUGGAUCUUGUGUAUUUGAGAAAUUAUUAAAUCUUUAAACAAUCAACAAUUGUUCAUAAAUUCGAACUCGAACUUAAACUAAUAAUAUGGAAGGGUGGAGUGAAGUAGUUCGAAUACCCUUGAGUAAUGAUACAUCAAGUAAUAAUAUUACUAGUUUAAAGUUUGAUAGUAUAUAUAAUUUAUUAUGGUUUGGAACUAGUCAAGGAUAUACUCGAUCAUUUACUACGGUACCAUCAAGUUCAAUUAAUCCAUAUUCUCAAUCACUUCAAUUAUCACCUUAUACAAGUUUUAAAACAACUUUAGGUAAAAAUAAAGUAUUAGGUAAUAUAUCUCAUAAAGAUGGAAUACUUUCAUUACUGAAUAAUUGUAUAAAUUUUAAUGAUAGAAGAGGUAUAACUAAAUUUUCAAUAUCUUCAUCUGAUAAUGAAUUAUUAAAUAAUUUAUCAUGUUUUACAUUUAAUGGAAGUAUGACAAGUGAAGUUGUUAUUGGAACUAAUUCAAGUUUAUUAAAAGUUGAUCUUAACAAACCUUCAAAUAUAUCAACUUUUAAUCAUGAUGGAAAUAUCAUUCUGAUAAAUAAUUUAUCAAAAUAUUUAAUUUUAGGUAAAAGUAAUGGAUCUGUAGAAUUAUUUGAUCCAAUUGGUAAUGUUUCAAUUAAAGAAUUUCAAGCUCAUAAUGGGGUAUUAUUUGAUUUUGAUGUUCAUGAUAAUUUAAUAACUACUUGUGGAGCUUCAAUAAGAUCUAGAAGAUAUUAUCAUGGUCAUCAUCAUAAUCAACAACAACAACAAAAUUCAAAUACUCCUGAAUUAACUUUAGAUCCUUUAGUUAAUUUAUUUGAUAUUAGAACUAAAAAAUCUCUUGCUCCAAUUCCUUUCCCUGCUGGAGCUUCAGCCGUUAAAUUCUUACCUAAAUUAUCAAAUAUGAUAGUUAUAGCAUCAUAUACUGGUCAAUUACAAUUUGUUGAUGUAUUUGAUCAUACUCAUACUUCAAUAUAUCAAGCCGAUUUAUUAUUAUCUAAUUCUAAUCAAAUUCAAAAUCCUCAUCAAUAUAAAUCUCCAUCAUUACAAAAUCUUGAAGUUAGUGCAAAUGGUGAACAUUUAGCAUUUAUGGAUAGUUAUUCUCAUUUACAUAUUUGGUCAUUAAAUAGUUCUUCAUCAUCUAAAACGUUUGUUUCAUAUCCUCCACCAUUAGAUCAACCAGAUACAACAAUUUCUCCCAUGUAUGGACCUUAUAGUAUAGAUGAAAAUAUUCCAUUAUCAACUGUAGGUAUGCCAUUUUAUAAAGAUCAAUUAUUAUCAGGAUUCCCCUAUGAAUUAUCAUUUACAAAAGAAUUGGCAAGAAUUCAAACUCAAAUUGAUCCAGAAUUACUUAUUGAAAGUGAAAAGACUAAGGGAUUUAUUCCUUAUGAUAAAGUUAAAUAUGGACCACGAAAUAUUUAUAAACGUUAUCAAUCUUUAAAUGAUAAUAAAUCAGGAGGUAGUACUUAUGAUGGUAAAAUAUUACCUAAAUUUAUUAGUGAACAAAAGAAUAGUUCAAAGAGUUUAAGGAAAACCAUUUCUAAUAGUAGUAUUGAUUCUGAUAAUCCAAUUGAAAAGGAUAAAGAUAAAGAUAAAGAUAAUGAAGAUACCAAUAAUAAUUCAUCUAUAUUUCAAUAUAAACCUAAUCAACCCGGUAAUAAAGUACCUAAUUGUUAUUCAAUACUUCAAAUUCAAUAUUCUAAAUUUGGAGUUCGAGAUUUUGAUUUUAGUUUUUAUAAUAAAACUGAAUAUUGUGGACUUGAGAAUCAUAUUGAUAAUUCAUAUAUUAAUGCUUUAUUACAAUUAUAUAGAUUUCAACCAGAAUUUCAUUAUCUUGUACUUGGAAAUUUAUUAAAAGAAUGGUUACCUAAUGAUUAUAAUACUAUAAUUAAUAAUAAAAAUCCUCAAGGUUCAUCUAUAUUAAAUGAAUUAGGAUAUUUAUUUGAUAUGAUGGAAAAGGCUAAGGGGAAAAAUGUUAAUAUAUCUAAUUUUACCCAAAUUUUACUGAUGAAUGAAAUAAUUAAAUCAAAGGGAUUAAUUAAUGUUAAUGAAUGUCAAACUCUUAAUUCAAAAGAUUUAAGAAAUUUAAUUACUAUGUUUAAUGAAGUAUUAAUUAAUCAAUUAAAUCAAGAUUUCUUUAUACAAACUCAACUGAAACCUUUAUCUUCACUUAUGGGUAUUCCAUAUGAACUUGAAAUUAAAAGUUCAAGUAAAGCAUGUCUUAUUAAUGAAAAAUCUGGUGGAUUAAUGUUUAAUCUUGAUUUAAUUACUCCUCCAAGUAAUGCAUUAAAUCAAUAUGCUGUGGUUAUUAAUAAUAAAUGGAAUAAUCAAUCUAAUAUUAUAAAUCCUAAUACAACUAAGAAAAAUAUUACUAUAGUAACUUAUCUUGAAUAUUCAGUUAAUCAAUUUAGAUCAGUUCCAUGUCAACAAUCUCAUUCUCAUCAAUUUCCUCAUAAUUUAGAAAUUCGUAAAUCAAUUGUAUCAUUACCAUCAUUAUUAUCAAUUAAUGUAAAUUUAUCAUCGACUGAAUUUAAAUUAAUUAAUAGUUUUGAACAAUGGUUAUUACCAGAAUUCUAUGUAUUUAAUAAUAAUAAUAGUUCUAAUAAUCCCUUAUCAUUUAGACAAAAUGUUAGUCAAUUAGAAAAUCCUAAGAAUUAUUUAAAAUAUGAAUUAGUAGGAUUUGUAUGUGAAAUAAGUCAUCAAUCUGAUUCUGCUACGGGAUUUCAUAAUUUAGUAUCAUUUAUAAAAACUGGAGGAGAAUGGUACUUAUUUAAUAAUUUCUUAGUAAUGCCUAUUCCUCAAGAAGAAGUAUUUAAUUUAUCAUCAAAUUGGAAAAAACCCGUGGUAUUACUUUAUAAUUCAUCGGAUAUUUCUUCUAAUAAAUUUGAAUAUUUCCAUCUGGAAACAUUUGCCAAGAUCCCAAGUUUAAAUAGUUCUAUAUUAUAUCGAGAUCAUUUUGCUGGAACUAUUCGAGAAUCAUAUAAAAAAGAGUAUGAAUUAUUAACUGAACAAGAAGCACCUGAAUUUGGUAGUAUAGUAGCAAUUGAUGCAGAAUUUGUUAAUUUAGCACCUGAUGAAUUUGAAAUUAGAUAUACUGGAGAUAAAAAAUUAAUUAAACCUAAAGUAUUAUCAUUAGCUAGAUUAUCAAUAAUUCGAGGUGAAGAUGGACCAAAAUUUGGUAAAGCAUUUAUUGAUGAUUAUAUAGUUCAUACCAAUGAAAUUCAUGAUUAUCUAACUAAUUUUUCUGGUAUUGAACCAGGAGAUUUAGAUCCAAUUAAAUCACAAAAAAAUUUAACAACUUUACAAACAACUUAUAGAAAAUUAUGGUUAUUAUUAAAUAUGGGAAUUGUAUUUGUUGGUCAUGGAUUAUAUAAUGAUUUUAGAGGAAUUAAUAUUCAAGUACCUUCUAAUCAAAUUAGAGAUACAGCAGAAUUCUUUUAUAAGAGUAGUUAUAAACGUCAAUUAAGUUUAAAAUUUUUGGCAUAUAUUCUACUUAAAGAAAAAGUUCAAACUGGUAAUCAUGAUUCAAUUGAAGAUGCUUAUACUGCUUUAUUAUUAUAUAGAAAAUAUCUUGAUUUACUUGCUCAAGGACAAUUUGAAGAUACUUUAAGUAAUGUUUAUAUGGAAGGUACAGCCUUAAGAUUUAAAGUGCCUGAAUAAAUUAAUUAGUGAUAAUAAAAUAAUUAAAGUAAUUAAAGUAACAUAAUUGUGUUGUGUGCACGACUUAUUUGCCUAUAUGUUGCAAAAAUGUAACAGAUGUGUAACAGAUAUAUAUCACCUACGGCACUUUAUCUUUCCUUUAUCUUUAUCUUAUUAGAUCCUAAAUUACUAUAUAGUUACAUAAUUCCUCUACUUUUAUACUUGCAUCUUCUAUUGUUCUCCAGAUGCCAGUUUUAUCUUAAUAUACAAGUAUGUUCUAG